CAUAAAUUUUGUAUUUUGACAGAUGACUAUAAGGAAAUCCAUCCAAUGUAAAUUUGCUUGUUUCGGAAUAUCUGUUUUUGCUAUCUGUGAAGAGUUUGAUUGAUUUGUAUUGGCAUAAUCAAAAUAACAUCUAAUAAGAGGAUUCUGGUAUUGAAUGUGCAAAUUUCUUGAAAAUCAGUAUAAAAGAGAGUAAUUAAUUUAUUGUUCAAGUUCAAAUCAGUCCUUAAAUUCACUCUUACCAACUCUGUUGAUUAACGAUUCUUUGCGAUUGCUUUAUGUUUAAAAUUAAAAUGAAAUAAUUUUGGUUGAAAGAUUUGUGAUGGGUUGAUACUUUCAGUAUAGUUUCGCAGCUGCAAUUUUUGCAGUUAACAGAAAGAUAAUGCAUAUUUCUUCUGUUUGCAUCCAGAAAUGCUUGUACCAAUAGCAGUAGCAGUAGCUGUAGGUCUUCUGGGUUUGGCUUAUAAGUCACUGAAGCCACCCCCUCCAAAUAUAUGUGGGUCACCGGGUGGGCCUCCUAUUACUUCACCAAGAGUCAAACUCAGUGAUGGUAGGCAUAUAGCUUACAGAGAAAUGGGAAUUCCUAAAGAUGAAGCUCAGUACAAAAUCAUUGUCGUUCAUGGCUUUGACAGCUCAAAGGAUCUGAAUUUACCUGUGCCUCAGGAACUUAUAGAAGAGUUGAGAAUAUAUUUCCUUUUCUUCGAUAGAGCAGGCUAUGGAGAGAGCGAUCCAUAUCCAUCACGUUCUGUAAAGACUGAAGCAUAUGAUAUUCAAGAACUAGCAGACAAAUUGCAGAUUAGUUCAAAAUUUUAUGUAAUUGGACUCUCAAUGGGAGCCUACCCAAUAUAUGGUUGCCUAAAAUACAUACCACACAGAUUGGCUGGAGCUGCCCUUGUAGUUCCAUUUGUACACUAUUGGUGGUCUUGUCUUCCUGCAGAUAUAGCCAGAGAUGCUUUCCAUAGGCUUCAAAAAUCUGAUCAGAGGACAUUUAGUAUUGCACAUCAUACACCAUGGUUAUUCUACUGGUGGAUGACACAAAAAUGGUUUCCUUCUUUAAGUAUUAUGGAAGGAAAUAUGGCAAUCUUUUGCCCCCAAGAUUUGGAGAUGAUUAAAAAGUUGUCAGAAACUCCAAGUGUUGGUCAGGAAAAGGUUCGACAGCAAGGGGAAUACGAAUCACUUCAUAGAGACAUAAUUGCAGGUUAUGCCAAGUGGGAAUUUGAUCCUUUAAAUAUAAGUAAUCCUUUCCCUAACAAUGACGGCGCAGUCCACAUUUGGCAAGGUUAUGAAGACAGAGUCAUCCCUUAUAAAAUAAAUCGAUACAUUGUCGAGAAGCUUCCUUGGAUUCGAUAUCAUGAGGUUCCUGAUACUGGGCAUUUAUUGAUCUUCAGGACUGAUUUAUGUGAAGAAAUUUUCAGAUCACUUUUGCUUGGAUGAGACAGUAGUUUCUGUAAUUAUAGAUAUGUUUGAAAAAAUUUUUGAUGCCAUAUGCAAUAAGUAAAACUUUCUGUUACAAUAUUUUUCUGUUUUCUGUAUAUAACAGAUAGAAAUUUGGUCAUGUAACAAUCUUGUUGAUUGUCAACACCCUCCUUUCCAGACUAAUUGUAAUUAUUUUUUAAGAUUAUGUGAGUGCAGUUGGUAUUCCUCGUA